AUGCUUAAGAAGUUUCACUCAAUGUAUCGAGAGAACGCGGAUCCCUUUAUCCUGCGAGUUGUCAUUGCUGGUGAACGCAGCGAAAACGCUGCUCAUUCUCUUGGGGUGCUGAUGUCAGAACUGGUUGAUGCAGCUAUGGAAAGCAGCGAAAAUCCGUUAUGCGAGAAUAAUGACUCGCCAAUGAAGCCAUCUGGUGUGCUUAUUGACUAUGAGAACGUUUUCAUUGAGCUAAUCGAAGGGUACGAAAGACAUAUUGUACAGUACCUAAAGUUGUUACACAAUCACUGUGAACACAAAGAGAGUGCUCAUUGCUCAAAUGUUCAGGUGCUGUUUUUGACUGACGAUGUUCCUACUCCAACCACACCAUUCUUUGGGUUUGUGGACAAGGUGCCUGCUAUAACCGAGGAUGGAGGUAUUCAGGAAAAGACUGAUGAGGAGUUUGCCGAAAUGAUUGUAGCGGAUGUGCAUCGCUUGAUGGAGUUGGCUUCUUUGGCGGCAAAUGAGCCAACAAAUAAACGUAAAAUGUUCUUAGAUAAUGUUAGAGUGACGCGUCCUCUUCUUUUUCCUCUUACGUCGUCGAUCAGAUCGUAUUUGGCGAAGGAUUUUUGCUUUACACUUGGAGAAUAUGUGAAAGUGUUUGGAAGUAUACCAGUGUUAACUCGAGAUGUAGAAUUGAACCAUCCUGCUGAGGAUCCUUUGAAGUACUGA